ACCUCUCUAAAUGAUCAUGUGUUUUCUUUGUACACUCAGAUGAACUUUCAGGCGCUGUUUAGUUUCAGAAUCUGACAGAAAAAUACUCCCAAAGUGACAGCAAACAAGUUAACUGGAAUCAGCAGUUGAUUGUUUUUGCUGUAUUCAUUUACAGGAAUUCACUCGCUGGAGGACGCUGUGCUGUUUGUUUCCAGCUGCUGCGGUAAAUCACUUGCUGCACUCCCAUUGGUAGUCGCUGUAUCUUCACUGUGCUUGUUACUUUGUCACAUCUGAAAUGAGGUCUAGUCUCUUCGUAGCUGUAAAUCGGUAUGAACUCCCGUUUAGGAGAUUUAAAACAGCAAGAGAGGAAAGACUUUGCCACUUUCGCAAAGAUACACUUAACAGCCAUUAAAACAGUAUUCGACGAUUCGUCCAAUCAAUGUCAUGACCUCAUAAAUAUGCAAAUUAUAACGUUAUGCCUUGGUUUGCAAAUGUACAGUGUAAACUCUUGAGAAUAACCAGGGCUUAAUUAUUUGCCCAGGGUAAAAUGUGAACAGUGUGAAACAUGAAACACGAAAACUCAGAGUAAAGAACACAAUUUCAAGUGUUUAAAACCGGCUGGCCUAACUUAAAACUUAAAGCCUCUCUGAGUGUCUCCAUGAUGCGCUCGCGCGCUCGCUCCCGCUGGCGUCUCCUAUUUCACAGCUCUCCCAAAUUCUUGGAUCUGGAGGCUGCGCAGUCUCAGCUCAAGCCCCAGCAUCAGAAAAGUGCGUGUGCAAGCAGAACCUAUUCCACAGACCACGAAAGCAGGAUGUGUCGCUGAGGAAAAGAAAGAACGUUUGCAGUGCAGUCAGAGAAACUUGGAGCUCGGAGAACACGUCGUAAAGGCCUGUUCCUAACCUUAUUUUCAACACACGGACAUCUCGGAACCGGACCAAAAUGAUGUGCUUUAAGUUUUUCGGCUGUAGGCAUGUUGUCCUCAAAGUUUUCCUCGUACAGUUUCUUGCUUCCUUGCAAACUUUUGCUGCGCCCUCACCCAUCAUAAAGUUUCCAGGCGAUGAUACUUCUUUCACAGACAAAGAAGUGGCUCUGCACUACUUAAAUAAGUUCUAUGGCUGCCCAAAAGACAGGUGUAAUCUGAUGGUGCUGAAGGACACACUGAAGAAGAUGCAGAAGUUUUUUGCUUUACCUGAGACAGGAGACAUUGACCAGAAGACAGUAGAGAUCAUGAAGAAACCACGAUGUGGAGUUCCUGAUGUGGCCAAUUACAAUUUCUUUCACAGGAAGCCCAAGUGGGGACAGAAAAACAUUACCUACAGGAUCUUAGGGCACACCCCAGAUCUGGAUGAAGAAACUAUUGAUGAUGCUUUCUUUCGUGCAUUUAAAGUCUGGAGUGAUGUCACACCUCUGAAAUUCAACAGGAUCAUGGAUGGAGAAGCUGACAUCAUGAUUAACUUUGGCCGAAAUGAACAUGGUGAUGGUUACCCAUUUGAUGGGAAGGAUGGUCUUCUGGCUCAUGCCUUUGCUCCUGGACCUGGUAUUGGAGGAGACUCUCACUUCGAUGAUGAUGAGCUGUGGACAUUGGGAGAGGGACAAGUGGUAAAGGUGAAGUAUGGCAAUGCAGAAGGGGAGUUCUGUAAGUUUCCAUUCUUGUUCAUGGGUAAAGAAUACACCAGCUGCACCUCUCAGGGUCGAGAUGAUGGGUUCCUAUGGUGCUCUACCACAUACAAUUUUGAUGAAGAUGGAAAGUAUGGCUUCUGUCCUCAUGAGCUCCUGUUCACAUUGGAUGGAAAUGCAGAUGGAGCUCCUUGUAAGUUCCCCUUCACAUUUCAGGGGGAAAAAUAUGAUAGUUGCACCACCUCAGGCCGGGAUGAUGGGUACCGUUGGUGUGCCACUACCGAAGAUUAUGACCGUGACAAGACUUAUGGAUUCUGUCCUGAGACAGCCAUGUCAACGGUCGGAGGAAAUUCAGAAGGUGCACCCUGUGUCUUCCCCUUUAAAUUUCUGGGCAACACUUACGACUCCUGCACCACGUCAGGACGCAGUGAUGGGAAGAUGUGGUGUGCCGUCACCAAAAGCUUUGAUGAUGACCGCAAGUGGGGUUUCUGUCCUGACCAAGGCUAUAGUCUAUUCCUGGUGGCGGCCCAUGAGUUUGGCCAUGCCCUGGGUUUGGAGCACUCUGAGGACACUGGAGCUCUCAUGGCGCCCAUCUACACAUUCACCAAAACCUUGAGGUUGUCUGAUGAUGACGUUAAAGGCAUCCAGGAGCUCUAUGGUGUAUCAACGGACAAACCAUUGCCCACUGAUCUCCCUCCGGUCACGCCGAUGGAUGUAUGUAAUGAAAACAUCAUAUUUGAUGCUGUAGCCCAGAUCAGAGGAGAGAUUUUCUUCUUUAAGGACAGAUUCCUCUUCAGGACCGCUGAUGUCAGGAGGAAGCCAACAGGCCCCAUGCUGGUGGCUACAUUUUGGAGUGAACUUCCGGAGAAGAUUGACGCAGCUUAUGAGAAUCCUCUAGAGGAGAAGACGGUCUUCUUUGCAGGUGAUGAGAUGUGGGUAUAUUCUGCCAGUACUCUGGAGAGAGACUAUCCCAAGAAGAUCUCCAGCAUGGGUCUUCCUUCAGAUUUGCAUGGAAUUGAUGCUGCCUACUCCUUCCACAAGAGCAAGAAGACUUACUUAUUUGCUGGAAACAACUUCUGGAGAUACAAUGAAGCCAAGAAAAAGAUGGAUCCAGGCUUCCCUAAAAUUAUUGCAGAUUCUUGGAGUGCUGUCCCUGAUGACCUAGAUGCUGCUCUCAGCAUUAAUAGUGAUGGUCACAGCUACUUCUUCAAAGACUCCCACUAUCUCAAAAUGGAUGACAGCUCUCUGAAAAUUGUCAAAGUUGGGGAGAUCAAAAAGGACUGGCUACGUUGCUGAACAUCAGCAGAACAUUCAGCCCUGGCGCUCUGUGAUGACCUUCAUCACUAUAUAAACAAGGCCGGUGUUACCUUGCCAAAUUACAGCACUCAAAUUUACCAUUCUGCCCCUCCUGGUUAGUCAGAGCCUAUUAGAUUAUAACCUAUCCUUAGCUAACCAGAGAGGCCUGGUAGCCUUCACUGCCUGGACCAUCUCUGCAUGCCAAGCAUAGGCAGAAAAGACCAUACUUUUUGUUGUUUUGUCAUAACAUGAUAUUUUUGUUCAUUUUUUUAUAAUGAGAGGGUUUAGUGCAGCUCCUGCCCCUUAAUAUAGCCUACAUGUAUAUCAUCAGAUUUAAAAGGACUUCUGACAUUUCCCAGUUACGUGUAAAUGUGGCAGUUGUGUCAGUGAGAUGCAUCUCCUUUUUUUUUCAUUUGCCCAGAAUAAAUUCAUCCAGGCAGUAU